CGUAAUUUCACGCCACUCCACAGAAUAAGGGCUUUCUAUUUUUUUAAAAUGGAAAUAGAUCUUAUUUUUAACACCAGACAAGCGCCUCAAAUGCUCAUUUCUUGCAGCGUACGCUCCGCCUUCUCGGCUGUCUCCGGCGCUGCGCUUUAAAUAGCAGCUGUUUAAAAGCUCCCCACCAUUCUCCUGUCUGAUGUGCAGCUCGCAGUCUCCCUUCAGCACAGCGGUCCCCCGAACUCAGUCACAUAUUUCUUAAAUAAUAAGCCCGAAAACAUCCCGCAAUGUCGGCCGCCAGCACCGAGACCAGCGCCCCGCUGCCGACCGCCGGCAGCCGCGUCUUCUUCCAAGGUGCGCCCGGAGUUGGCUGCGUGGGGUCCGGCCCCAUCACCGCCGGCGACGACCCGGUCCAGAAGAGACAGGGCAAAGUGACGGUGAAGUACGACAGGAAGGAGCUGCGGAAAAGACUCGUCCUGGAGGAGUGGAUCAUCGAGCAGCUCAGCGAGUUGUAUGACUGUGAGGAGGAGGAGAUGCCAGAGGUAGAGAUAGACAUCGAUGACCUGUUGGAGGUCAGCAGUGACGAUGAAAGAGCCAGCAAACUACAGGAAUCAUUAAUAGACUGUUACAAACCAACAGAGAACUUCGUCCGUGACUUGCUGGGCAGGAUAAGGGGAAUGAGAAAACUCAGUGCGCCAACUAAGAAGGGCCUAUAAUAGCUGUGAUGUCAACCAUCAGUCAGCCAUAAACUACGUCAUCUCAGCUCCACCUACUUAACCCAUUCAACAUGGACUGUCAUCACACAGAAUACCUUAUGUAAACAGCAUUAGUAACUAUUUCGCAACCUGCAAAAACAGGUACCAUAAACUCCAUGCAUAUAGCACUAGUCAUUCAUUUCCCAAUCACGUAGAAUAACAAGGUGUAUUAUUAUAUUUGACUGUUGAAAAGGUACAGGAGCAAACGGCCACAAUAAAAUGUCAAGCCCUGGAAACAUGCCAGAACUGCAACUGUGCUUUAACGUGAAUACCACCUAACUCCACAUGUCAGAGCCAUGUUACAAGCUGAUGCUGUAAUCCACACAGCCAUACAGACGACGUGGUAAUAAAAUGUUUGUACUGCAGUAAUUGUGAAAUUAGCUGUAGCACUAUGUAAACACAGUGCUUCAUGAUUUUGUCAUUUUUUUUUUACUGAGGUGUUUUGCUGUUACUUCUUUUAAAAAAUGUACUGUAUGUUGCCAUUUAUUGUUCAUGUGAUUGAAAUGUUUAAAGUCACCCUGCUUGUCCUUACUCCGUCAGUGCUUGCAAAUGUAAGGGAGCUCUGUAGUUUUAUUUUAAGCACAAGGCGUUAAUACAUCGAUUCUGUCCCUUUGUGACGUGUAAACUCUGGAAAGAGUGGGGACAUUUUAGCAGGCGAGGCUAAAAUAGAGUGAAGAUUUUUUAGCUUUUUCCCCCACUGCUCUAGUAUACUUUUCACCACAGCAAGGCAUGAUGGGUGUUGCAGUUCUCUGUGCGAGGCUACAAAACCUGUAUGAUUGGCAGCCUUUCACCUGUAAUGUUAUGCGGUGUGGUCCGUUGUUCUCCCUCAUCAGAAUACAUAUUGGUUGUUUAGGUUUAAGCACAAAGCCCAUUCAUUGUAGUUGUUUCGCACAUUCUGGUCCACUUAACUGCUUGCCUUUAUAGGACAUUCAGGAUCAGUUCCCUUUUUUCUCAGCACUGAACCUUAACUACUGACGACCUUAAAGGCAGAUAUGGUUGAGUCAGAACCUGAGGACAACUUGAAACCUUGACACUUGAAACCUGUCAGGUCCUGUAAGGGAAGGUGUGCCAAAACUGGGAGUAUUACAUCUUAAAUGUCAUACGUCACGGCAGCAUUAGUGUGACACAGCAUUUCCACAGAGAUUCUUUGUAGAAGAUUUUAAAACAUCUGAGAGUGGGCACAGAAUUUUAAAGAUGUUUAAAACUUUUCCAGAUUGCAGAUAAUAUGUUGUAAUUGCAUAAUCCCAGGUUUAAGAGGUGGAUUUAGUUGUUUAUUGUCAUCUAUGUGUACCAACACACUCAAAAACCUGUAAGCUCUGGUACAAUCAUGACUCUGUUAUGGGGUUGGGCCCAGUUUCACUUCCGAGCAGUCAAUCGUGUACCGACAGGAAUGGAGCAGACUUAAAUCUGCCGUAUGAUAUACCCUCAGCUGCCAAAGACAAAAGCAGGGCAAUGUUUCAUUUUAACAUAACACUCGCAAAGCACCCGUCUUGCAUGCUAACAACGGAGAAAAGAAACACUGAUAAAGAGUAUAGAUAUUAUGAACUUAUAAUCGAGCAAAAAAUACAUUUUUGACUUAGCUACCAUGUGCGACUUUGUAGAACUUUUUUGUGUUGAAACAACGUGACGGUCACGUUGGAGAGAAUCCAGGAAUAUUUUAAAAAUGGUGCUGUUUUUGAUGUUCUUCCCAGGUUUUUGUUGUAUGAAACACAUUUUCACUGUUAAUUGAUGCCAGAGAAAUGUGUCUGAAGAACCGUGUCUGUCUUUAUUGAUGGGGUGCAUACAGUCUCUAAGUGACGUCCUCUUUGCAUUUCCUUUCUUCAAUCUGGACCGGGCAGUGGUUGAUUUGGUUGAAAAAGAUCAUGUAUUUUCUGGAUCAGUGACUUGGAAGGAAAAGUUGAAGAGGAAGCCAUUAUAGGCAAAUGAGAUGCAUCCAGGGCUCAUGCCGAGGUACUCCAUAGGAUUUUCUCUUUUCAAGAAACUGUUCAGGGGUAAUAGGCUGAUAUUUUAUAAUUUACGGGAUCUCAUGUAGAGAGUAUUUUAAAAGUGUUCAUAUACUAGAAAGCUUUACGUUUGCAUGUAUUUUUAAAGUUGCAUGUUGAGGGGAACAUUUUGUUGGCCCAAAGCUUUUUAUUUCACAAAAUAAUACACUUUCCUUUUUAUACCUUUAUUAUUAUUAAGACUAAAAUAUUCAGUUUUG